AUGGAGCCGGCCCUGCCGCACAUCACAGAAGGCUAUGUGUCUUUGCGCCAUGUGGUGAACGCACUAGUGACCAAAAUCUAUGCAGAACUCACAGGGAUACUCCAAAAACUUCCGAGCAUCCCUAAUGAUGCGGCAAGAAAGCGGGCUUUCUUGGAAUUUGUUGUCGCGGCUCGUCAAGAGGUUGUGAAGCUUUAUGUUCUAUGCAAAUGGGCCGUGGUUGCACCAGAUAUCUCCAAAUCAAUUGAUAUUACUUCAUGGUUAAGAGGACAGCACAACUGUUUCAUUAAUGUCAUUGCCGCACUGUUUCAUUUGCAACAAGACAUGGGUGCUGCCAAACUACAUCACGCUGAUAUAGAAACCGCACUACACGUUCUCAAAUACGGAAAGACUCAGAAUUCCACUUAUGGUUUCGUGGCGCCGGCGCCUUUAGAGUCCCAAGAGAUCCUGGCUGUUCUCAAAAACCUCAACGUCCUCUUGUCUAUUCGCCUGGCUUUGAGCGAAAAACUACCUUCUCAUUACCGUAAUUAUUCGAUCCAGAACGGCAGGGUAAGAUUCAAAGUACCAGGAUCUUUCUGGGUAGACCUGAGUGUUGCAGACGAUGCCGUGGAUGCUCGGUUUUUCUACAUCGAUUUUGGAUUUGACUUUAAAUCCAAGUGCUCGAUUCAUGCUGCAUUAAGAUCUCGGCUGGAGGCUGCUGCCAAUGAAAAGCUUGCAACUCAGUCUUUGAAAGAGAGCCUAGACUGGCUCUUGGUAUUCACUUCGAAUUAUAAGCUCACUCUUGUUAGCCAGCAGUUGGUCAAACUCGAGCAUGGGCUGUGGUACGAUGUACUGGAGCACAAGUUCAAUGCAUCCAGUGGAACGCUCCAAAUAAGAUAUUGGACAACCAAAAAGGGGUCGUACAAACUUGAACUAUCUGUCACCAACGCCGCAUCCGUGGCCUUCGCACCUUUGGCCGCUCGCUGGUCGAUCGACGAAAAAGAACAAACACUUCCACCGGCAGUGAUGGGCGAAUUCGGUGCUACUGAUCUGGAUGUUGGUGCCUUGUUGAAUAGACUAACAACCUACCAUGUCAAGCAGCUGGUGGACGAACUUGCGAGACCGGGAAUCGUCCCUGCUAGCGAUUCAGCAGUUAUCAUGUCAAUUGAAAAUGCCAAGGCACUGAAAAUUGCAAUCGACCACUCUUCAGGAAUCUUUAGUGUUCAAAGCGAAGGCCAAGUGGUUGGGGCGGGCGAAGCUUUGAACGAACUGAAAGACCUAAGUGAAGUUGGGCCUGUGAUUGACAAAAUCCGAGUAUUGACGAAAAUGGACCAAAUUUCUCGACGUGCCGAAGCUGCUGGGUGGAUUGCCAGACCAGGGAUUAGGCUGCCGCCGGCGGAUAUGGCCAAAUUCAAUCCCGAAACGCUCGCGGUGCUGGCACUGCGAAUGCCGGCUUGGCCGCAAGGAUGGUAUGUUGCCGUGGGACUUACAUCCUGCGGAGAAAAGGUAUGGGCAGCAGCUCAAAUGAAGACGCAACAAAGAAGAUGGCAAUUGGAUACCCUGCAUCUAAUUUCCGUAUCGGACGACAUGGACUACGCGCUUUUUGAUCGACUGGCAGCAUUUUGCACAUCUCAGUUUGCAUUGUUUGAUUUAUGUCGUCAAUUAGACGAUGUUGGAGUUCGCCAUGUUCCAGGGAGCCAAAAAUUACAACUUGUACUUGAUAGGCGGACAUUAGUUCCUUCGGCGAAUUGGGCCCAUUCGGCACUGAUACUAGACUGGACGCCAAGGAAAAUCACAGUAAGGGGGUGUGCACGAGCAAAGAGGUUUGCAGAGUUGGGCGAGUCUGGAAUGUCUAACGGAUUGUCGAUUACUGCUACUGGCGAAUUCACUAUUGAACUAGAUGCUAAGAACGACCUGCUGGCACGCUUGCGGGCCCAGUUGGCGCGACUCGAGCGUAUUGCCGCAGCUUUACGCCUGGCAAGAUUUCUUAAACUCGAGGUAAUCGAAGCAUCACCAUCCCUGCUAUCUUUGGGAUAUGCCGGUGGAAAAGCUCGUCUCACGGUGAGUGGAGAAAACUUGGAGAGUAUCGAGCUGGCUAAAGACAACCCCCAGAAAAUACUGUCGCCUUUCUUACCUCCGCUACUCGCACAAGGCGGGCUCGGUACCGUUGUAAAGUUCCUUAGCCAAACGUUCCCGCUGUUUGAGCUUUUGGCAACAACUCGAGUGACUGUCCUACCCCGCGGAGCCACUCAUUUGCUCGUUCGUCGUUCAUUGGGCAUGUCAGAUCCGGAACUCGAGGUGCAAGUCCGGUAUUGGCGAGCUUCACCGGUCGUCUAUGUCACGGCGAAUGCAGCCGCUGCCGCAAGCCCGGUUGUGAACGAGUUUUUCACUCGGCCGGUCAGCCCCGCAACCACACCACUGCGCCAGGCGGUCGUGAUUAAUAUGAGCGGAGUGCAGGCGGUAGAGCGGCUUCUGAAAGCACUAUAG